UCAUGCUGCUGCCAGGUCCAGCGUGUCAUAUAAUGGGUCCCUGUACGGCCUCCAUUGCUGCUGUCUCCAUGCCCCACACUCUGCCAUGUGCCACUUUUCAGGUCUCCUCACACUGCUGGUGUGUUCCAUUUUUUGUCAUAGGGUGCUGGCAGAUUACGGGCCUCCCAUAGCUGCUGCCAGGCCCCUAAUCUGCCAUGGGCCCCUAUACCGCCUCCUCAUGCUGCUGCCAGGUCCAGAGUCUGUCAUGGGUCUCUGUACGGCCUCCCAUUGCUGCUGUCUCCAUCGCCACACUCUGCCAUGUGCCACUUUCAGGUCUCCUCACACUGCUGGUGUGUUCCAUUUUUUG